UGCCGCCGUGUCCCUCUCAGUCCUGUGCCCGAUAUCUACCUAGACUCACACGACACACCGAUCGACCGACAGCAGCACGCCGACAUGACGACCCUCCUCAACAUCACGCCGCUCGACCCAGAGCCCCUCCCCCUCUACUCACGCAACGACCCAGACGCCGUCUCCAUCCGCAGCGCCGCGCCCUCCUAUGUGUCCGAGACACCCACCUACCACUCUGAGCGCGCCCCGCCGUCCCUCCUCCCACCGCUCUCACCCAACCAGCAGGUCCGCGGCCUCCCCGCUCCGCGAUAUGCCCCAGGCUUCCAAAGCAGAGCAAUGGGCUCCAUCUCAGACAUCAACAACCACAACUUCAACACUGGUAGCUGGAGCAGCACGAGGACGAGCAACAACUCUCGCCAGUACAAUGCCGUAGCUCGACGACGUGCGAACCAGGCUCGAGCCGAAACGACCGCCAUCCUCAAUUCGCUUUCCGCCGUCCCACCGCCUCUAGAGCGCUCCGGCAGCGGCCAUUCCCCGACUUCUUCAAGCACCGAUGUCAGCACCUACCCGGUGCAGGUUGGCUCGUCCUCCGACCCGUUCAGCCCACUUGAGGACCCGUAUCUAGUCGGCGAGGUAGCCGCGAAUCGGGCGAGGGCCCAACGUGUCUACAGGGAGAUGUGUCUGCGCGGCGAGGAGGCGUCCCGGUACGAGAGCAGGAGCUGGGAUUUCAUGUGGGGCCAGAUGGCAGACUGGGAGGAGCGCGACAGGAGCUGGACGAACUUCAGGAAGCGUGUUGGGCCGGCCAAGAUGCUUGGUCGUCGUCUUGGGCUGAGGGCUGGAUUGACACGAUGUUAAUGAGCACGAGGCAUGAUUGGAUCAUGGAUGAAACGACACGAGCAUCAUGUGACGGGUGCUUAUGAUGCGAUGAACGAAUAAUGUCGUCCUCACGGUGAGUGGCGAUUAGUCACUCCAUCACGAGACUUGGCACAGUCUUCGAGAUACGACGCACCAUGGAUUGGAUUACGGCGUCUGUUCUGGGUAUGUUAGGCGCCAAAAGUCUAAUCUUCUCUUUCUCUUCGGCAUUAGGAGGGCGUCGACCGCAUAUACAUC